UUUUCACCCUCAACUCAGCUCUUUAAGUCUUAACCCAAAAUCAUUCGCAAACUCAAACUCAAAAAUCUGAAAAUGAUCUUUUCAAUUUCAACUACACUUGCCAGAAAUCUGUAUCUUCGUCACUCUAAUCCAUCACCAUUUCUGAAAUUCGAAGUUCCUUCUUUUUCUAUCAAACGGUCACUUUUCUUGCCCUCCAACGCCCCACUUCAAAAGCUUAACAAUGCCAGAACAAGAAUCCACUACAGAACCAUCGUAUCUUGUUCGCCGGAGAGAGUUUCUCCGGCUAAAACGCUUCGGCAGAUUCUUGAGUUGCCUGGGGUCCAUCUGGGCCCCGCUUGUUUCGAUGCUCUCAGUGCUAAACUUGUUCAAAAUGCCGGCUUUCUUUUUGCUUUUACUAGUGGAUAUUCUAUAUCUGCUGCUCGACUGGCCUUGCCAGACACUGGAUUUUUGUCUUAUGGGGAGAUGGUGGAUCAGGGACAGCAGAUCACCCAAGCUGUGACAAUUCCUGUUAUCGGGGAUGGUGAUAAUGGGUAUGGUAAUGCAAUGAAUGUUAAGAGAACCAUCAAGGGAUUUAUCAAAGCUGGCUUUGCAGGAAUCAUUCUUGAAGAUCAGGUGUCUCCAAAAGCAUGUGGUCAUACACGUGGCAGGAAAGUGGUGCCUAGAGAUGAAGCAGUGAUGCAUAUAAAAGCGGCAGUUGAUGCUCGGAAAGAAAGUGGCUCUGACAUUGUUAUUGUGGCGCGGACUGAUUCUCGUCAAGCAGUGUCUUUAGAGGAAGCACUCUGGAGGUCAAGGGCUUUUGCUGAUGCUGGGGCAGAUGUUCUUUUCAUUGAUGCACUAGCUUCUAAAGAAGAGAUGAAGGCAUUCUGUGAAAUCUCUCCUUUAGUUCCAAAAAUGGCCAAUAUGCUUGAAGGUGGAGGAAAAACACCGAUUCUUAACCCUCUCGAACUUGAGGAGGUUGGAUUUAAACUUGUGGUUUAUCCACUUUCCUUGAUAGGAGUAUCUAUUCGAGCAAUGCAGGAUGCACUAGCUGCAAUUAAAGGAGGUCGUAUUCCUCCUCCAGGAAGUAUGCCAUCUUUUGAGGAACUGAAAGAACUCUUAGGUUUCAAUGCUUAUUAUGAAGAAGAGAAGCGGUAUGCCACUUCUCGUCUUGCAGCUUCUGAGAAAGUGAGCAGUUACUCAUACAAUAGACAACCAAGGGUUCAAGAUGAUACAACAAGGAGUGGCCAAAGUCUCUCAGGUCCUGUAGUCGAAGUUAUAACUCCUGAAGUAAUGAAUAACUAUGGUGCAGAUGGUCCAAGGAGCCCUUUUAAUGGGAUCUGGUCUCGGACACUGAGAAUCAAGAUAACUGGUGGAGAUGGAUUUGAGAGACUCGAUGUUAGAAUUCCUGCUGGGUUCUUGGAAGGAAUCACAAAAAUAGUUCCAGCAUUGGGGGGUGUAAACCUCAAAGAACUUUUGGACGAUGCAGCUGAUGAAGUUGGAGGAAAGUUGCUGUUAGAUUUUAAUGAUACAAUGGGUGACAGGAUUCAGGUCUUUCUUGAAUGAAUUCAACACCAGUUGGCUUUUACAAGUCAACGGUAAUUGAAGAAGUGCAAAUGCAAGGCUUCAUGUGGAACUUUAAUGGAUGGAUAUAUCAAAAUGCUCGAUCAACCCAUAUAGUUUACUCUAUAUGGGGGCGAAUAAGAUGUGCCUAACUUAUAAUAAGCAAAGAAGAUUAUGACUAGCUGUAUUGCACAUCAACAAUCUUAUGAAACCUUCUUUGUUUCUCCUUAGUCCAAGAAAUUAAGCUUUAUCUUGGGUUCAUAUAUUGUGAUAGUUUUUCAUUCA